GCAUUUUCAUCGCGUUCUUUUUCGUUUUGCGUUUGCACAAGCACAACAUCUUCAUCUAUGGCGGGAGCUUUGGUUGGCGGUGCUUUUCUUUCUGCUUUUCUUCAGGUAGCUUUUGAUAGGCUGGCUUCUCGGGAUGUUCUGGACUUCUUCAACAAACCAAAAUUGAACCAGACAUUGCUCAAUAAGUUGAAGAUCGUGCUGUUAUCCAUCGAUGCCGUGGUUGACGAUGCAGAGCAAAAGCAGAUCACUAAUCCGAAGGUGAAGGACUGGAUUGAUUUGGUUAAAGAUGCCGUGUUCGAUGCUGAGGAUGUCUUGGAUGAGAUUGAUUAUGAAAUGUGCAAGCGCAAGCUGGAAGCCGAACAAAGGAGUCGAACCACCGCUAUUGGCAAGGUACGAAACUUCUUUAGUACUCCUGUUAGUUCAUUUGAGAAGGAAAUUGAAUACAAGAUGAAAAACGUCCUUGAAAAUCUAGAAUAUCUUGCAUCUCAAAGGGACAUAUUAAGAUUGAAUGAACGUGAUAGUAGCGGUGGAUUGAGAACUGCUAUACCAGAUAGACCGCCAACUACAUCUUUAGUGGAUGAAGACGGAAUAUAUGGUAGAGAUGAUGACAGAGAAACCAUCAUUGAAUGGCUUCUGUCAGAAAAGUAUAACAACCAACUAUCUGUGAUUUCUAUAGUGGGUAUGGGUGGUCUGGGUAAAACUACUCUUGCCCAGCUCGUAUAUAAUGAUAAAAGGGUGAUGGAUGGAUUCAACCUCAAAGUUUGGGUGUGUGUCUCUGAUGAGUUGGAUGUGUUGAGGGUAACACGAACAAUUUAUGAGGCAAUCACUGGGUAUAAAUAUGAUACCAAUGAUUUAAAUAUGCUUCAAAUUAAAUUGAAACAACAACUAACUCAAAAGAGAUUUCUCCUUGUUUUAGACGACGUGUGGAAUGAAAAUUAUAUGCUAUGGGAGGCCUUGCAAUCACCAUUUAAUCAUGGGGCACUAGGAAGCAAAAUUCUUCUAACCACCCGCAAUAGAAAAGUUGCUUCAACCAUGCAUUCUGCUGAUAUACUUCAAUUGAAGCCGUUAUUAGAAGGAGAUAGUUGGUCAUUAUUUAGCAAAUACGCAUUCCAUAAUGGAAAUGAUCUUUAUGCAAACUUUGACCUUAAAGAAAUUGGUAGAAAAAUCAGUAAAAAAUGCAAAGGGCUGCCUUUGGCUUUGAAAGCUAUUGGGAGUCUCUUAUACACAGAAUCGUCUCGUGAGCAAUGGAAUGAAAUUUUGGAAAGUGAGAUAUGGGAAGACAAAAGCAAUAGCAAGAUUCUCCCUGCUUUGAGAUUGAGUUAUUGCUACCUCCCCUCUCAUCUCAAAAGAUGCUUUGCUUAUUGUUCAAUAUUUCCCAAAGAUUAUGAUUUUGAUAAGGAGCAUUUAAUUCAGCUAUGGAUGGCAGAAAAUUUUCUGACAUGUGCUCAUCAGAGCAAAGAUGCGAGAGAAGUAGGAGAACAAUUCUUUCAUGACCUAUUAUUGAGGUCACUUUUUCAACGAUCACCAGUAGAUGAGACUCGUUUCGUCAUGCAUGAUCUUAUUAAUGAUAUGGCAAAAGUUGAAUAUGGAAAGUUUUGCCAUAGGUUGGAGUUAGAUGAUGUAAAUAACUUGACAGAAAUGACCCGCCAUAUUUCAUUUUUGAGAAAUACUAUUAAUACAUUCAAACAAUUUGAGGUUAUACACAGGGCUAAUAAAUUGCGCACUUUCUUGCCUCUGUCUAUGCAAGGUCAUAGAAGUACAAGCUGUAACUCCAUUGUUCACUUUAUAUCUGGCAAGCUUACUCACAAUUUGCCAUCCAAGUUCACUUGCAUGCGAGUUUUAUCUUUGUCAGAUCAUGUCAUCAUGCAGUUACCUGAUUCAAUAGGAAACCUCAAACAUCUCCGUUAUUUGGACUUAUCAGGAACUAAAAUAAGGAAACUACCUGAUUCAAUAUGCCAACUUUAUCAUUUGCAAACGCUAAAGUUAUGGCGUUGUUGUCUUUUGGAAAAGUUGCCAAUGGAUUUUCAUAAACUCAUGAAUCUACGUCACCUUGAUUUUCGUGAAACUCAAGUGAGAGAGAUGCCAAAGCAAUUAGAUAAAUUGAAAAAUCUUCAAGUGCUGUCAUCAUUUAUUAUAGACAAAUUUGGAGAGGCCAACAUCAAAUAUUUAGAAGGACUUGAUCUUCAUGGAUCAUUUUCCAUCUCAGGAUUGCAGAAUAUGAGGGGAAUGAUUUUUCUAGCAGACUUGUACAUACGAAAGUGUCCUAGAUUUGUCCAUUUUCCUGAAGGAGGGUUUUCAGCCCCCAAACUAGUAUUGUGUUGCGUCGAUGAAUUGAAGAAUUUGAAAUCACUGCCAGAGAAGAUGCGUAUUUUCUUUCCCUCUCUCACAUGUCUAGUAAUAAGAUGUUGCCCACAAGUGGAAUCAUUUUCAGAGGAAGAUUUACCAUCGAAUCUCCAAUAUCUUGACGUCUUGGAAUGCCCGAAACUUGUAGCCUCUCGAAUGGGGUGGCAUCUGAGUAGCCUUACUUCACUGCAUCACUUAGGGAUUGGAGAGGUAGAUGAUGAGUCUCUUCCUGAUAUUGGACUACUUCCGCCUACUAUUACUAGUCUUUCGUUCCAUAACUGCCCAAAUCUUAGAUCAUUGGAACACAAAGGUCUUUGCCACUUAUCCUCUUUGGAAGGAUUGGGAAUUCAUGGCUGCCCUAAACUCGAGCACCUUCCAAAGGAGGGUUUGCCCAAUUCCCUUUGUUUGCUACGGGUUAUUGGCUGUCCCUUGCUCAACAAGAAGAUCCAAAAACAAAAUGGAAAAUAUCGUGCAUUUAUUUCUCACAUUCCUUUUAGUAGCACUAAAGAUGAUGGAGUAGCAUUAGUAAGUGAGCUUCUCACUCAUGAAGGCAUGAGUUUUCCCACUAUCCAUUCUGCAUAUAGUCGUUAG